AUGUUAAUAUUUUGUAUUUUGCUUGCUUUAACUACAGUCUAAGCAUUUGAUUGCCUAAACGUUCUCUUAUAACCUUAACCAACUCCUAAACCUUUGGGCUACUCCUGCAAAAUUAGUUCAUCUACAAAUUUCAAUACUGCUUACGUUUAAGAUACAACUACGUAUAUAUUAAGGGCAGCUGAUUCAAGUAAUCAUGUCACGUAAGCAUAAGCUAUUAAUAGAUAACCCUGUGAGAAUCUGAUUUAAACAUAAGAUUCAAAUUUUCCAGGCUUAAAUUUUGAGAUUAAUGGAGAUAGCAUGUAAUAGUAUAUAAAUUAUAUAUACAUAAGCUUUGAUUUAUAUACCAGCGACCCGCCUUAAAAAUUUUAAAUUGUUUCUAGUUGGAAUGGAAAAGCGUAAUAAACUCUACCUUUAAGUUCUUAAAACUGGAACACUCCAAAUUUAGAUUGCGGUUUAUACUAUGUAAAAGCAUUCGCAAAAAUAGAUUUGACUGGCUUAACAGAUAGAUUUAGUUCAAGUUCGAUUAUUUUUAGAACCCUAGAUUCAAGCAAUAAUGUGCUUUUAACUCAGUUAUCAAAUCUGUAGGUUCUCUUUUACUACUAAUGUCCAAUUGGAUGCAAGGGUGAUUGUCCUUCAGGGGUUUGUAAAAAUUGCUAAAGCGGUUACGAUCUUAUCAGUGAUUCAUGUGUAUUAAAGUGCGGUUAAAGAUAAUACUUGUAAGUAGAGGAAUCUUCAAAAUAAUCUUGCUAACCCUGUCUUGCUCAUUGCAGUUUAUGUGAAGAUGGGGAAACUUGUACAAAUUGUGAUAGUGGUUAUACUUUUGCUUUCGUUAAUGGUUCAGCUUAGUGCUAUCCGUCAUGUGCAUAACCUAGCCAGUAUAUCGACCCAUAAGGUAAUUGCAAAAACUGUAUGUAAUAUUGCAGCAAUUGCGUCACUGCAACUUUUUGUACGGCUUGUUUUACAGGAUUCAAUUUGAGUGCUAACCAUGCUUCUUGUUAAUGUAACGGUUAUAUCAACAAUAAUCAAUGCCUUCCUUGUACUUCUCCUUGUUAAACUUGUGGUGAUAUCUCAACUACAAGCUGUCAAUCCUGUAUAAGUAAUUAUUACCUUGUUAAAGAUUAUCCAAAUUAAUCAUAAUCUGUAUGUCUUUAAAUAUGCCCUAAUAAUUAUUAACUAAUCAAUAAUACUUGCAAAUUAUGUAUUUAGACUAUUUACAACGAUUGUUUUAAUUGCCCUAAAACUUGUAGAUCUUGCUCUCCAUCUUAGAUUAACAAAUGUUAAGAUUGUUAUCCUGGAAUGCAGCUUAAUAGUAAUGGUUUAUGCGUACCUUAGCCCUAACCUGGAAUAUAAUUAGAUAGUAGAAAUCUCAACUUUUAUUAUUGUAGCUUUAAUAAUAUUGCAGUAGUUUAGGCUAGUUUUUCAAACUCAAGUCCAACAUUAACUCUGGAAUUCGGAAUUAAUUUAGUCCCUAUACCUGGGCUACAAUGCAAUUAAAUAUUUGACUCUGAUACUCUAAAUUUGCUAGGCUCUAGUACAUGCUCUACCAGUUCAUCAUAAAUCAUUGUGGCAUUAAGUUAAGACGCUAAUUUAAUGGUUAGCUAGGUCAUCGGUAUAAUUACCACUGCUUAGGUACUUUAAUUCUAAGGAGUUAGUUAAAAAAUUGAUACAAUUUAUCUGAUUUCUUAUGUUUAACAACCAGUUACUCCUUCAGUGAAUGUUCUAUACAAUUAAAUUGUAAAUUCUUGCAAUGACAUCUAAUUCUAAAUUUAAACACCAUAAAAUGAUGCAGGAAGAGGUUUCUCCAAAAUAAAUUGGUGGGUAAGCAAUCUAUCAAAUUUCAGUGAAGUAGCUUGGAUAAUCUUAUAAGAUAUUAUAACUACAGCAAACGAUAAUCAAAGCUUAACUUUGGUAGUGCCAUCAUAAACUAUUGCUGUAAAUUCAGACAUAACUAUUAAGAUCACCUACACUCUCAAAGUCUCUUCAAGCAAUACCUUGUAUUUUACAACCAAAUAUUAAUAAUUUAAGCAAAUUAUUAUUAGCCCAAUUUAAAGUAAAUAACCUCCAAUAUAUAGGUAUACGGACUUAUAAAUCACAUAUUUUUUUACUGUUUAAUCAUGUGGUUCGAAUGGGACUCAAUUUUUUUAAGAUGAGUUAGAAAUCUAAAUCACUUCAUCAGUUCUACCUUCUCUUAAUAAAAGUUUAAAUAAAUUCACUGAUCAAUAAAUAUAAUUAGGAAUACAACCUUAUCUUAUAUCUGCUAUUACAAAUUUAGAUAUUUAGGUUGCUGCGUAAACUAGUAGCGAUGCAUCUAUUAGUAAUACAAAUACUUUAUCUAUUCCUUACACUGUAUCAUAACUUUAGAUUCUGAUCUAAAAUGGAGCUGAUAUGCUUGUUAAUUAUAAAAAAAAUCUUACUCUGAUUGGAUUCGCAAGAGAUUAUGAAAUUCAAGAUCCUAGCUCCCCAUAAGGAAUACAACUAAGUUGGCAAUGCAAGUCUUUGUAAACAUAAAAUGGGGAUAACUAAUGUUACACAUAUAAAAAGGAAGUUUAUGUACCAUAAAAUAAUUAAAAUAUUACAAUCAAUGGUGGUACUUUCAACCCUUACUAAACCCUCAGUUUCACUGUUUAAGGAUCUAAAGAUUCUAGAACUUCCAAGUUUAGUUCUUUAAUUAUUUUUGCAGAGACAGAUCUUCCUCCUCUCUUGGUUGUAUUUGAUGACCCUAGAUAAUUAUAACAAAUUAACAUAAACGAAGAUAUCCAUGCAACUCUUAUUUAUGGCUCAAAUGUACCAUCGGACAUUCUAACUUAUGCUGGAGCAAUUCUAUACAAUAACUUAGUUGUAGGAGUAAUUAAAUUUGAUUAUUACAAACUUAAAUUUAGAAUUUGGGAUUACUUUUCUGAUAUAAAAGCAGAUAAUAUAAUUGUUCAAAUCAGAUUUACUGUAUAUAAUCCUGCAAAUAUAAUGCCUAGUUUAAGUGUUACAAACUUUAAUAUAAACUUACCUCCUUCAAAUUGUGUUCUUUCUGUUACUCCUUCAAGUGGUCAGGCUUUAAUUACCUAAUUCACUAUUCAAUUUGAUGGUUGUACAGCCCUUAAUAAUCCUAUAACUUACUAAUUCUUCUAUUAUAACCAGACUUCUGAUGUACAAUAAGAAAUUUUAAUCCCUUAAAAUAUCAUAAGAAGAUAAUUACAGGAUCAGAGUUUGUAGUCCAAAAUUAUUACCAAUCUCCCUUCAGGAGAUAUUGUAAUUAUGGGUCAAGCUAUGGAUUCUUACUUAGCUGUCUUUAAUACAACCAUAUAAGUGAAUGUUUCUCCAUUCUCGGGAGAUGAGUAGACAUUACUGAGUUUAAUAGGUUCAGCACUUUCUUAGAAAAAUAUAAAUAUAAAUUAAAUGCUCAUUAAUUUAUGCAUUAUUGGUGAAGAAUUAACUAAGAAUAAUGCACUUUACAAUCUAGAUUCUAUUAACUUCAGAAAGUAAAUGUUAAUAUAGUCUAUUAUAAGCUAUUCAAAUAGGCUUUCAUCGAGUAAUUCUUUUUUGCCUACUUAUGGAAAUAAAAUUAUAUCAGUUCUUCAAGCUUCCUUAAAUAGUAAAUAUCAAACCCAAACUUACAAAGUCCUUAACUAUGUUAGCACAACUUUGCAAAACUAACAGCAAAAAAUUGCGAAUUAAAACAAUAAUAAUAAAUUAUUUAAUAAUAACGAUAUAGUUCAAUAGAAUUUAGUUGAUUGCUUUAAAAUAUUGAACUCAACUACCCAAGAGGCAUCAUAAACACUUUAGUAGCAAAGUAACAAUAAUGGUAAAAGGCUUUUAAAAAGUUAAGAAGAUUAUUCAAAUACUUUUGGCUCUUUUAGAGCCCUUGCUUCUAAUCAAACUAUGUUGCAACAACAAAUGGAUUUAUCAGACUAAGUAGGAAAUCUAUUAAACAACAUUACCCUUCCCAAUUAAGGAGACCUUUAAUUACAAGGAAAUUUAAUCUCUCUUAGCACAGACCAUAGUAAAAUGAUUCAAGCAUUUAUAAUGUUGUCCUGA